CGCGGACGGUUUGAAUCCAGAGAGUCUCUAGCGGCGCUGCGGGAAGGAGGGUCUUCGCCUCUGCUGCGGGCCUGGAUAUGGAGGGCAAGGAGGGGGCACCUCUGGAGCUCAGUGACGAAAAAUAUAAUUUGACUUCAGAUUUUAACGACUUGUGUUCUCACAUGAACACAAAGAUUUCAAAUAUCAAAAAGUCACUUCAGCUGAGAAAAAUAGACCAGGAACCAUCUUUGAAGACGGUGCUUAGCAAGAUAAUUCAUGAGGUAUCUCUUUUAAACAACAUCCUCAAUAAACUGGAGACAGAAGUCAACCAUCAGGAGAGCCAGCAGAGUCAACUCAAGGAGCUCCAGGAAACGAUUGAGAGGUACUACAAUGAAGCUCAGCAUCUUGAGGAAAACAUGCCUAUUCACCUGCCCAGAGGAAUCCCAAGCAGCACCCAGGGCAUCACGGUGAAGGAUGAAGCACAGUGCAAAGAUGCUGAGGUUGCCGGUGGGAAGAAGCCAGCGAAAGAGCCCAGAUGCAUCAAACAAGCAGCCUUGUUAACGGAAGAGGAGUUUGAAAGCAUUCCUGCGUACAUGCGAGGCCGUCUGACGUACAACCAAGUCAAUGCAGUCCUUCAGGAAAUCAACAAGGCCGUGGUUAGCAAGUACAAGAUCAUGCACCAGUCCCCUAAGACAAUGUCUGGCGCUGUGAGAAACCUCUUCUUCAGAUUCAAAGAAGAGGAAACGAAGAAUACAAAAGGCCACUUCUUCAUCGUGGAGGCCGAUGUGGAAGAAUUUACACAGCUCAAGGCAGACAAGCGUUUCCACAGCAUCCUGACCAUUUUGCGACAUUGCCAGAGACUGCGAGAGAUCCGUGGCUCGCGCCUGGUCCGUUACGCCAUCUGCUGAGGUGCUGUCAGGGUGUUUGAGGCUUGCGGUGGGAGGCUCCCCCUUGCCCCGCUCCUCAGGACUGUGCCGCAAAACAGAAUCCUUCCUUCGUUUAGAGUUUUACAUGGCAAGGCUGUUUCUUUACUCUUUCUUCCUCUCCUCAUUCAUUAUUGUUGGAGAAGGUGGAUUUCAUUUGCAUCCGUAAAAUACAGUGUUUGUAAUUUCCAUCUUUCUGCAAAGGUAUGAAGCUAUACAUA